AGGACACCAACGCAUCUCGUCCGACCGAGACACUGCUAAACACAAGACCGCUAGUGAAUGACGGGGAGGAGACCCCUUUAACCCCUGGCCAUCUGGAACAAUCAGCGUGGAAUCGGAACUAAAACAACGUCUGGAGGGCGUAUUCUUGACGGCGAUCUAUAACAUACUGUAUGUUUUGUUGUUGGUUGGCCUGCCCGCGCCGCCUCCUCCUCAGUGCACUGCUUGAACAACGCAACAAUAAACAGUGUGCGCUUUCGGCUCCGUCGUCUCUGUUCAUUAUCUAUUCAUCCACGGCUCUGCCUCAGGCAGACCUGCACAGGACAUAGGGUUUUGUGUGGAAUUAUAAGUGCCAGUGUCAUCUGACUGAGAGGAGAGAGAGAAAGGGAGAGAAAGAGAGAGAGACAGAGAGAGAGAGAGAGAUAGAGAGAGAUAGAGGGAGAGAGAGAGAGAGAGAGAGAAUGAGAGAGAGAGAGAGAGGGAAGGAAUCCUUGGGAUACACACACGUCGGUGUCUCAAUGUGAAUUUGAGUGACUGGCUGGAUUCUUGUGGAGACGAACUCAACGGAUAAACCCAUUUUCAGCAUCUCGCCCAUUUGCGCGGAGAGCGGCUGGUGCCUGCUCGUCUGGGUUGAGCAUUUGACAGCGUCUCUUUCUGCUGGAGCUUGGCUGAUUCAAGCCGUCCUUGGUCGGGCAUGGAGGGAGCCGAGAUGAGCGCCUUUCGGAGGGGUACUGGGGUGUUUCUGUUCGGGUUGUGUUGCGUACUAAUGGGACUGUGGCGGGUCGGGGCCGCCUGCCCCGCGUCCUGCUCCUGCAGCGGGACCAGGAUCUCCUGUGUGGACCAGGAGCGGGGUAUCAUGGCUUUUCCAGUGUUGCAGUCGGAGCUGGAGAUGGACAACAUUACCGACAUAUAUAUAGCAAACCAAAGUAAAUUCUCUUCCAUCAAUGACAAAGACCUGCAUUAUUACCGGAACCUCACGAAUCUAACUGUGACUAACAGCCGGCUUACCUAUGUGUCUCGACUGGCAUUCCAGAACAACCUCAAGCUUCAGUAUCUGAAUUUGAAAGACAACAACCUGUCAUCGCUGUCUUGGAGGAUAUUUCGACAUUUAAACAUAUCAAAUCUGAUUCUUUCUGGGAACCCGCUGCACUGUUCCUGUGAGAACAUAUGGAUGAAGCUAUGGCUGGGAGAGGAGCUCGAUGCUCAGGACCUCCAAUGUACAGCGGAGGGUGGCGGGAGGAAACCCUUUACCAGGCUCAAACUCCCUCACUGCAAGGUUCCCAUGGCGACUAUGAGCCCGUCCAAGGUGAUGGUGCAGGAGGGUGCUGAUGUGGUGCUGACAUGCAACACCUCCGGAGAGCCCUCUCCUGAGCUCAUCUGGAAAAUGACCCCACUCAUCUCCUACUAUGAGAUUGAGACCUCAGGCCAAGUGUCUGAGCUCCAUCUCUAUAACCUCUCCUCCCUGGACAACAACUGUAAGAUCACCUGCAGUGCUGGGAACAUUGUGGGCGAGAAUGAGUCCACAGUCCUCCUCAACAUCCUAUUUCCCCCUAACAUUAGUAAGCUGAGUGAUGCCUACCAGGACCACCACUGGUGCAUCCCAUUCAGUAUUUCUGGGAACCCAAAGCCCGAGCUCCGCUGGCUGUUAAACGGGGAGCCGGUCAUUGAGGGACCCUACAUCGUGACCAUGAUCCAUGACUUCUCUGAGAGGGAGUACCACGGCUGCCUGCAGCUGGAUAGCCCCACACACAUCAACAACGGACCGUACACCCUGCUGGCCAGCAACAAGUAUGGACAGGACCGCAAGACAGUCGAUGCCCACUUCAUGCGCAACCCCUUUGAGGGAGGAACAGUGACAGAACCUCUUUACUAUGACCCAACUACAGACGACACACCUCUAGAUCCACCGGAAGACAGAGUUGCUGUGUACGUGGUCGUAGGGAUUGCAGCAGUAGCCUUCACAGGUUUCCUCUUGAUGCUGGUCAUCCUAAAAUUCGGGGGAAACUCCAAGUUUGGAAUCAAAGGUGCAUCGUCUGUGAUCAGCAACGAUGACGACUCAGCCUCUCCUCUCCACCACGUGUCCAACGGCAGUAACACUCCGUCCUCCUCUGAGAUGGGCCCAGACGCCGUCAUCAUCGGCAUGACCAAGAUCCCCGUCAUCGAGAACCCUCAGUACUUCCGCAGCAACAGCAUGCUCAAAUCAGACACCUUUGUCCAGCACAUCAAGAGGCACAAUAUAGUUCUGAAGAGGGAGUUGGGAGAGGGGGCGUUUGGGAAGGUUUUCCUGGCCGAGUGCUAUAACCUGUCUCCUGAGCUCGACAAGAUCCUGGUGGCUGUCAAGACCCUGAAAGAGGCCAGUGAGAAUGCGAGGAAGGACUUCCAUCGAGAGGCCGAGUUGCUGACCAACCUGCAGCACGAGCAUAUCGUCACCUUCUACGGUGUGUGUGUGGAGAGCGACCCCCUCAUCAUGGUGUUUGAGUACAUGAAGCACGGGGACCUCAACAAGUUCCUCAGGGCUCACGGUCCCGACUCUGUGAUGAUGGGUGACGGUCCGACAAACCGACCCGUGGAGCUGACCCAGUCGCAGAUGCUGCACAUCGCCCAGCAGAUCGCUGCAGGCAUGGUCUACCUGGCCUCCCAGCACUUUGUCCACCGAGACCUGGCCACACGCAACUGUCUGGUGGGAGAGAACCUGCUGGUGAAGAUCGGUGACUUCGGCAUGUCCCGAGACGUGUACAGUACGGACUACUACAGGGUAAGUGUGGGCGGUCAUACCAUGCUGCCCAUCCGCUGGAUGCCUCCAGAGAGCAUCAUGUACAGGAAGUUCACCACAGAGAGUGAUGUGUGGAGUCUGGGCGUAGUCCUCUGGGAGAUCUUCACCUACGGCAAACAGCCCUGGUACCAGCUCUCCAACAACGAGGUGAUUGAGUGCAUUACACAGGGGCGUGUCCUGCAGCGGCCUCGCUCCUGUCCCAAAGAGGUGUACGACCUGAUGCUGGGGUGCUGGCAGAGAGAGCCCCACAUGAGACACCACAUCAAGGAGAUCCACAGCCUACUGCUAAACUUAUCCAAAGCCUCUCCUGUCUACCUGGACAUCCUGGGCUGAGAGUGUGUCCGUGUGUGCGUAUGCGUACAUGCACGUGGCUGUACAAUACAAGAGGGAAUGAGUGUGUGCCUGUACGUGUGUGUCUAUUGAUGCACCUGUCCUUGAGUGUGUUUUAAGCUACGAUCAAACUCUUUAAGGCAAUCAGAAGAUUCCCCAACUGUUCCCUUGUGCCCUCCCCUCCCCUCUCGCUCUCUCUCUCUCUUACUUUCUGCCUACUUCUACUCUUUCAUGCAUCUCUUUACCUACCACCUUCUUCCUGCUCAAGAUACUUUAAGAAUGGUUUGCAGUGGGAAGGCUUCUCCCAUCGGCACAAAGGAUUUUAAACUGGGGCUAAGUAGUCUACAGUAAAUGGCUGAGGGCUCUAUACGAGCAGGCAGUGCCAUUAUUUUCCAAUUGGUUUCUGAAAAACUCCGUCCUUCUGUAAAUAAAACCCCUGAGGAUGAGAAGAGGCGCCUCCACUGCAGAUAGGCUGUUUCUUCUCUGUACAUAGAGGACAUACAUCUACCAGACAUCGGACCCCCGCAAUGUCCUGCAAAGGGUUGAGAUGCGUUGCUCUAUGGAAGGAGACAUGGAAGCAACCAGACUGUUAUUUUCCCCUCAUGUCAACAAGUCAUGACAUAACAAGACAUGACAAGAUAUAGUAUUUCCCCUCAUGCUGAUGAGUAGCAACAAAUUACAUGCUAUUGUAUAACUGAAGCAAUGGUGAAAGUAAACUUAAAAGGGAGAUUUGGGGCUGUUCACCAAUGGGUGCUCUUCAGCUCAGUCUGUCUAUUGUCGUUGUCUGUGACUAUGUACACGAAAGAGGGAAUUUGAUACAUUUUGGGGGAUGAAGAUGUUUUAAUUCCCAUGUCAAGUGCUGAUGUCAUGUCAUUUAUCGAUUUAUGUGUCCAACAUACUCGGACAAUCCUGAGACAGAGAGUAUGAGCAGGAUCUGUGUCAGUUGCCCUUUCAUGGUCAGUGGUGAGGAUCUCCGUUUAGGCGUGGUUGGGUCAACUGUGGUAGAAUCCUGGCACACACACAUAUCCCCCACCCCCUACUACCACACACACUCAAAAGGCUUCUGCAGGAAAUUGAAUUCUGCAUGUUUUAUUAUUUUAGCCCCACAGUGCUUUAGCGACGGAGCCCCAGCCCUCGUCAGUAAUGGUGUAAUGUAUAUUUCAUUAAGGAGCUAAAGUUGGCCAUUAGCACAGUCUCUCCCUCCGACAUUUAAGACGUAUUGUUUUAUGGGAGAGAGGGAAAGGAGAUGGGGAAGUGGAGAAGAGGAGAGAAAGACGGCGAGAUAGAGAGGAGUGGAGAGAGAGAGAGAGGGAGGGAGGGGGUCUGAAGGUCUGCAGGGAAAUAGUGAGAUAACAUCCAUCAUAGUGCGGUCUUGUCGGUUUUAGAACCCACAGCUGUUUACUUCACACACCUCGCAUUCCUAUGGCGGGUUCCUCAACCGCACAGACACAGACACCACUCGCAAAACCUUCUCCUACACAUUCAAUAUCAACUGUAGGCUCACCUACAGACUUUCAAGAUCAAACGCCUACAUUAUCAUAGACACACAAUAAACAGACUUAUUGAGAUGUAAUAACUUCAUACAAGACUGUUUGAGUAUCAUGAUAUUGUCAUAUGUUUCUGUAACUGAUUGCAUGUGACUGGUUUGGUCAUAUCCUCAGUCCUUGAUGCUAUUGAUAUUUGUGUUCUUCUUAUUUAUUAAAAAAUUAUACAUUUUUUAUGAGACAAAGUUUCUGAGGUCUAAGUCAAUUAUUUGGUCUGAAUCGGGGCCUGACUCAAAUUUAAAGUGAUCUAAUUUAUUAUGCUGACAGUAUUACGUGCGUGUGCCUCCAAAAUAGUGCAAUACUUGGGCUGUGGUCAAAAGUAGUGCACUAUACAGGGAAUAGGGUGUCAUUUCAGACAUAGACUGUGUGUGUCUGUUUGGGUCCUUGUACAUGCUCUUUGUUACAUUUUCCUGCCUGCCUCUUGAAAUAUACAUUAGAUCUAAUAAGUACCAUCCGUUCCACAAAGAGAAUGGAUGUCUUUCUGUGCGAGAGCAAGUAGAAAAUGCUUUACAGGUAUUCAAUAUUGGUUACACAAUAAUGUUGUGCAAUACAAAGCAAAAUCGUGUGCAACAACCUUCAGUGUGAGAGUAGUUGGCAGUGAAAUAACUGCCAGUGUGAGAAAGAGCACUAUGCGUCCAUCGAACUAAGAAACCACUCUUAAAGCGCUUAUAGCCUACAUGAAUUGGCUAAAGUGGGACAUGGCAGUGGUGGCGAGUCAGUGAAUUGUCUAUCAGAGGACUGCACUGGAAGACAUUUCUAUGUGGCUUUCUUCCAUCACUAUGGACCCAGUCUCAGUUCACUCUACAUCCUGGUCAAGUUACUGUGACUAAUUAUGGAGCCUUCCCAGAAUCCUUUCUGUUGGAGGUUCAACAUUUCCUCCUACCGAUAGGCUCUAGGCAAUGGGCGGCACCAAUCACAAUGCUAUCGAUCUCUUUGCUAAGAAAAUGGACACCUCAAAAAGGACUGACAAUCACAACCCUUAACAAGUGAAAUGCUGUAUAGUUACAAACCGCUCCUCUCUCGAAUGUAUCUUCACUUUCUUUCUCUCUUUCUUGUUCUCUCCCAGCUGUUACACUGUCCAACUGUGACAUCCCUGAUGGGUCAGUGAGAGGCGUGUGUAUACGACCCAUGUGGCUCUGAUGGCUUUAGUCUCAGUGCUGUGACUGGAGUUUCUCAUAACGUGUGUAAUACUAAUGUGAUCAGCUUCUCUCGAUGAACGGACCAGUCUGUUGUGAUACGGUAUCAUUAAUAAAAGUGUUAUGUCUUACGUCA